AUGAAGUGGCUUCGGAUCGUUGCCCUCAGCUGGCUUGUGGCCAGUUCGGCGGCUAUUUCCGUCGAGGAAAGCGUGAGUGUUCUGCGAAACGAAGAACCGGCGCUUAGGAGCCGCGUCAAGUUCCUCCAGGAAUUCCACCCGCCUCCCACGGAACAAGUCCAAUUGACUUUGGACGUGGAUUACUACGAACAGUACGAUACUUUGAAAAAACGGUAUCUGGCGUCUAAGAUGUCCGAUAACCAGACCCAGGCGUUGUCGGAUUUGCAGUAUCUUGCUGACCACGACGAUGUCGACGCCGUUUACACGUUGGCCCAGAUCAACUUGUUUGGCAACUUCUCGCUCCCCACAAACGCAACCAAUGCUCUGCAUUAUUACGAGAAAAUGACCCAAUUAUCCGACAAUUCCACCGCAAAGUACAUGCUGGGCUUCAUUUAUGCCACCGGUCUGUUUGGCAAAGUGGAAAUGGACCAAGGAAAAGCGUUGUUGUACUAUCAGUUGGCAGCAGAUCAAGGAAACGUCAAGGCCGCAUUGGCUCUAGCAUACAGGUACUCCACGGGACUUUCUGUGGCCAUAAACACGAAACUGGCUCUGUACUAUUACAACUUUGUGGCCAACGAGUGUUUCAACUACCUAAAGGAAAGUCCGAUCGGAGGCCCCAACAUUGACAAGUACAAUUUCCGAGUGUACGAUCUCCACGGUGGGCUUUACGGGUCCGGGGCCAGCGAUGUGGCUUCGAGCGUGCCGUUGGAUUUCCAGAAAGUCGUCGAUAUUGAGGAGUACGCAGAUAUAGGCUUCCAAUCGGCCUCCUACAAAGAUCAGGUCAACUCGGUGAAAAAUGCAUACCAGGGCAGCUACUGGAGACCGCGCGACUAUGACAAGGCGUUUGAGAUCGCUCACGACUGCGCAUCUCAGGGAAUACAGCUCAAGGUCGUCAACGAGGUGCUGGAAGGCCAUGUCCACUACUACAAGUCGAACUCGCCAGCGUUGGUCCAGAGCGUUGGCCAAUGCUGUGCGAAUCUCGGACACAUGUAUCUUCGGGGAGAAGGAACGGCCAAGGACUUUGAUAAAGCUCGUGUUUGGCUCGAGCGCGGCAACAAGCUCUGUCGAUCGUCGGAAAACCGUGUUGAUCUCGGUCUUCUUUACGAGUUGCAGGGAACUCCUGAGUACACUCAGAAAGCUUACGAGCUUUAUUCGUUGGAGGCGCAGGUGUCUCCAAAGGCAUUGUACCACAAGGCCAUGCUUGACGCAAAGACGGACGUUCUUCUGGCCAAGAGCCAGAUCCUCCGCGCUGCUGAGCGUGGAAGCAUAGAGGCGAUGUACCAGCUGGUCCAGUACGACGAUAGAGAAGGAGGGUAUCCGGACAACUAUCUGGUGCGAGGAUACAAAAGGUUUGUGGAGAGUGUGGAGCCUGUUGUUUGUGACCUUAGUUGGGCAUUCCACCAGCUGUUGAACAGGAACUUGGAGCAGGCAUUGAUUGGAUACGCAAUGGCGGCAGAGCAAGGAUUCGAAAAUGCGCAGGCCUCAGCUGCGUAUUUGUUGUAUUCUCCCGUUGGAUACCUGGAGGAGCCUCCGCGGGUUCCAUACGACAGAUUCCAAAGUGCACUUAACUACUACAGUCGAGCCAGUCGUCAACUCAACAUGGACGCUGAGGUUUUCUUGGGUGACAUUCACUACCACGGACUCAAAAAGUCGCAGGUCGGCGACGCUGAGGACGGUGACGGGUACGUUGUGGAGCCGGAUUACGAGCUGGCCGCGUCAUACUAUGAGUCGGCCGCCAAAAAAGGUGCUCGCCAGGCCCGGUUCAACUUGGGAUACAUGUACGAGAUGGGGAUCGGGCUGGCUCAGGACUUCCAUCUGGCUAAACGGUACUACGACGGAGUGUAUGGGCCGGACAUGAAGCCCACGAUCCCUGCACAGCUGGCUCUGAUCCGGUUGUGGAUCAAGACGUGGUGGUACGGUGAAAAAGUGUCUGAAGAGAAUAUGGAGGAGGAAAAAGGACGAACAUGGGACGACUGGAUCCAGAUGUACAAGCGACUACGCAACGAGCGGGCGCCAGACCCUGUUGAGGAGCCGCUCCACCAUUGGUCGCGCAAAUACGAAGGAGAAGACUACUCAUUUGAGGCGUCGUUCGACAUCAGCAACUCCGACAUGUUGUUUCUGGCCGUGUUUGUGACGAUCUUCGCGCUCGUGAUGGUCAACAGAUGGAGACUGCUGCGUCAACAGGGCGAAGAUGGGCCCGGAGAAAACCGUAAUGACGACCAGAACGCACGGUUCCGCAUAAUCCUGCUGUAA